AUGUCAUUUAGUGAUAAACAGUUAGAAAAUUGUCGUCAAAAAAUAGUUUAUGCAUCAAACACUCUAACAAGAAAAAAGAAAUGCAAACAACUAGUAACAAAUACAGAAGGCAAGUCUCCGAUCAUUUCAGAAAAAUCACAAAUUACAGAAGAAACUGGAUCAUGUGAACAAAAUGAUGGUGAUGAUGAUGAUGGUAAUGAGCAUAAGAAGGAUUUCUCUUCACAAAUUCAAUUGGAAAAGUACUCACUGACUGAAAAAAGAGUCAAUGAAAAUAUUUCUAAUGGCUACUUAGUUCAUGUAUCCGACAAAAAUAAAAACCGUCUCAAUGAUAAUAAUAAUAAUAACAAUAACCACUCGAAUGAAAUACGCUACACUGUGUUAAAGCGAAAUUCACAAACUCUUAAAAGUUUUAGCUCACUCUCAUGUCCAAUACAUCAGUUAAUGACUUCAAGUUCUCUAACUGCUAAAGAUAUUCAGUCAAUAAUGCCAACUAUGAAUGAGUUAAUUCAAGCAGACAUCUUAUGCUCACCAUCAAAUCGUAAACUACUCGAUAGGCUAAAUAUUAUACACAAAAGCAUGCAAGAAGUGAUGCAAUCAGACAGUCAGGCAUGUAUAUUACUUUUAAGUAUAAACGAUCGUCAAAAUAUUUAUGAAGGCUUAAUCACUACUGGUCUAGCCGACAGAAACAAACUUCAACCUCCUAAGAAGCCUCCAUUAUCAAGCUUAGAAUUAACUGAAGUGUUGAAAAUUCUUCAGAAUACAAGGCAAAGGUUAUUACUGUCAAUUCAGAACACAGAACAAUCUGAUAGUAAUAAUGAUAACAGUGAUAGUAAUACAAAUAGUAGUAAAACUAAACUUGCAGAAUUUGAUCAAAUCAAGGCUACAUUAUUAGAAGUUACAAAAUUGAUUAAAUCUAAUGAUAAACUGUCACUUCUCAAAGAUACACAGUAUAUGUCUGACAGUAUUGAAGAAGUGAUUAAUUCCCUAGAAAAUCUUAAUACUGUAGACAUCUCAUUUGAAAAAGACUCUGAGUUAAGUUCAGAGAUAAUUGAACACCUAGAUGAUGUAAUUAAUUUAAACCAGAAACUCAUAGUCACUCAAGGCCUAGAGGCUAUCAAAGAGAAUAUAUUAAAACAAACUAAUCAAAGGAAUAACCAAUGUAUUUUACAGAGACAAUCUGCUAUUGAUAUUGUUGCAGCUUUAAAACUAAUUGAAGAUGAGUUAUACACUUCUAGUAUUACUUCAAACACUACCAAAGAUAAUAAGAACAUUCAACAAGCAUGCAAUGCUGACCACUUGAAAUAUAUUUAUAAAUCUAUUGCAAAACAGUUAACUUUAGAUGAUAAAGAUUCUUCAGAAAAUAAUACAAUUUUCUGCCUAUCAUCUGAUAUGAAUUUACUUGAAGAUGCCUUUACAAAAUACUGUAAUAAAUCGAAUUCACACAUUAAAGCCUCACCGAAAGAUGAGUCUACCAUAAAUGUAAAUAACACAUCUACUAAUUAUAUAACUUAUGAUAAUACAAUGAGUAGAUUUCAAGAUAUUCUAAGUCCAAUAAGUGAACACUGUACACCAGAAACAAGUGCAUAUGAAACAGAUACACUGUCCAAUGAAUCAGUUGUCAAGACAAAAAUUUCUAAAAUCAAAAAAUUACUAUCACCUAAAUAUCAUCAAAGAAAUGAAACUAAUGCAUAUCAUUCAGAUGAUGAAACUCAGGUGUUGUCAAUUUGCUCAAAAGUACAACCUGAAAAUACAUCACAGACUGUUUCAAUAGUUUCUGCUGUCGGAGUCGAUUAUCCAGAUUUAUCAACCUUCAUUGAUGAUACAUUAGGUGAACAUAAUAAAGAAACCCACAGUGUUAAUUCUGAUAAUUCUUCAAAUACCUCUUAUAAUUUAAUAUCAGACCAGUAUAGGGCAGAGGGUACUUUUCUUAUUGACUCAUCUAUUAUAGCGCCUAUUGUAAGCUUUUUAAAAUCAAAAAUACUCGAUAAUCAAAGUAAUAUAUUCAGUGAAAGUGACCACCAACAGAAGUCAGAGUACACAAUGAAUGAUGUGAAAAAAAUCAGUAAUUAUCUAACCAACUGUUUAUAUGAAAAUCCUGGACAACCUGUUCCACUUACCGGUACAAAUUAUAACCUUUUAAGUAAGUUAUUGACAGCAGAUCAGUCAACUUAUACUAAUAUGCUAAAACUUCAGUUGGAUUCGUGUAUAGAUGUAGAAAAUCCAAGUCAUACACGUAUGGCUACUGAAGAAACAGAAGCAGAAGAAGACGAAGAAAACGGACCAGUAGUCAAUGAAGACUUGACAUUUCUAAUUAAUACAUUACAAGAUAAUGAAAAUGUUGUCUUUAACAAGCCAUUUAUUGAACAGCUGUGCUCAGUUGUUUCAAAUUACUCCUUAUCUAUUCUACCUGACAAAUAUCCAUCUUUGCUAGCUGUGAUUAACAGCUCCGAUGACAUAGAAUGCCUUUCAAAUAAUUCAGAACAAUUCAAACAGGAAUUAAGUAGUGAAUUGAAACAACUUCUAGAAGUACUUCAUAUUGAAUUACAAUCAGAAAAUAUGAUUAAUAGGGAUGGAUCAAUGAAAGAAAUAGUAGGAUAUUCUUCUCCCAGACUGCCGAAUGAUUGCAUUCGUUCAGCAAGACCAAUCAACUUCAUCCAAACUGUCAUCUCUUUAUACAUUCUAGACUUAUUUUGUCUUUUGCCAAAUGAAAUGGAUCAAGUGAUUUAUUUAAUAAAUAUACAUAAAAAUUUUCAAUCAUUAGUUGAUUAUUCUGAAUUGCCAUCUAUUCACUGUUCACCAGUGUGUACAAAGCUGAAAUCACUAUUUAAUUUGUUCAGUUCACAUAAUACCACUCCUGACAGUGAGAUAUACCGAGCAAUUAACAAAAUGCUACCAUCAAUCAAGGUAUGCGUACAAACAACUAAACACAGUGAUAUUUUUCAAAAACACAUUGAAGAUAUUUUAAAUCGAACUAAAGAUAAGCUGACAAGUAAACAGUAUUAUUUUGUAAACGGUGAAACUGAUGAUAUCGUAUGUGGAAUUCUAAUAGCUUUAAAUGUAGCACUUGUAAAGGGUACCAAAAAUUUAAAUCCACAUGAAAUUGCCAAGACUUUGAGUGAAUUCUGUGAUUUUUAUCACUCUUUAGUGAACUCAAAGUGUAUUAAAUUGUUUGACAAUAUUUCUCAACCAUUAUCAUCUCUCAUUUCAAGCAUUUCGCACACUGAACCAGUUGUGGAAGGUAAAAAUGACCAUCACUAUCUAAACUUGACAGAUAUAAAUUCUUCUAUCCUCCAAGUUGUAUCUGAAUGUCUCACAGAAUUAUCAGAAUAUAAAACUAUGAAGUUUAUGCAACCGCUUAUUUUACUUAGUCUCUUAUUAUCUCAAAGACGUUUGUAUUAUGAAUUUACAGAUUUCAGUUCAGCAGAAGCAAAUAUUUUACUGAGUAUCCUUUUAUUGCUUCGUUCAAAUUUUCAAAUAAAUCUACAAAAUUCACUAACAAUGAUUAUGAAGAAUUUAAUGAACUCAUUACAAAAUGCAAAUACAUCAAUUCCAUUGCAUAGAGAUGAUUACAUUUCACAGAGACUAUAUUCAAGUAUUUCUCCACUAAGAAGUGUUGCAUUAAUUCAUGAAAAUUUUGAUGUACAACAAGGGAACUCGAUAGUUCCAUACAAAACUAAAAAGUAUUCAUCUAACAAGUUAGAAGUUUGUACAGUUUCAUUUGAUGAAGUAAAUUGUGAGAAGGAGUUUCCAGUAUACAUCAGUGAACAAAAAUCUAAUAGUCAUAAUUUAUUCUUACAUGCUUUAACACUACGCGAAAUUCUUAAUCAACCAAAAACAGAAACUGUGACAAAUGGAUUAGAGAUAAAACCACAAUACUGUAGGUUACUUAAAAGCUGUUUAUCAGAAAUGAUGUCGUCAUCAUCAACGGUGCUACCUCAAGGAAUUUUGAAAUCAACACAUCAAAUCAUGCGAGAUAUACAUUUAGCCGAAGUUAAUAAUCAUAGUUAUCAUAUGAAUGAAGAAACUUUGAAUAAAUUAGUCGUGUAUUCUAAUAAUGUAGUCAGUCAUGCAAAAGAAUACCGUAUGAACGACAUAAAUCAAACUAUCGGUAAUCUACCUGAUAAUAAUCAGGUAGAAGGCACCAUUGACACUGUUGAUUCUAUAAAAACUUCUAUCCAAUCAAAUCUAAUUGUUCGUAUAAUUGAUCAGGAAUUGAAGCCGACAACUUGGUUUACUAUUUCACAUAUUAAUAAACAAGUUUUAGAAUGCAAAACAACCAUAGAUGAGGUUAAAUUAUCAAAAGACGACUCAAAAAUUGUACAGAACAUUUUACAAAUGCCUCAACCAUCUUCUUCCUCUUCUUCUUCCACUGCUGAUGUAUGCGAUCAAGUGAUUCUGUUAGCACAGUUAAAUCAAUUGAAGACAAAUCUGAAAGGUGUUGUCAAUCAAAAUGAAGACUGUAUACUGAGUACGAAUAAUGCAGAAAAUCUAUUCUGUAUUCUAGAAAUGAUUAAAAAUCAAACAGAAAUUAUGGAAAGCUUAGAAGAAGAAGAGAAAGAUUUUAUAAAUUCAGUUAAAUUGGAUAUUAUUCCCAACUGUAUUAUACAUUCUACUCCGCUUAUAAUGAAUUCAAAGUCUAUGGUAAAAAUUCAACAAGUAAUUGAUAAAAUAUCCAGUGCUGAAUUAAACACAAUACAGACAAGUAUUUCGGAAUGUCUCAAAGAUAAACAGUGUACGAAUCAUGAUGGUAAUAAUAAUAAAGAUCAGCUUGCAGGUGAUUUAAUUCUUGGUCAGUUAGCAGUUCUGUCAUAUUCAAAAGAGUUGAAAAUAUCCCCUAAAGAUUUUGAUUCUCUACGUGACUACUGUGUUCUCUUUCAACAGGGUAAUAAUGAGAAUGAACAGUCUACACAAACUAUUAUUCCUAUGAAUUUCUUAUCUAACCUUAGUAAUAAUAAUAACAAUAAUGCUAACCUCAGCGAUACCUAUCCAAAACCUCUUCGUAAGGAUAUACUUUGUAUAAAAUUGAAAAGAAUUCAAGAAUUUUUCAAUAGAAUUAAAAUUAACGAUGAAAUUGCUAAUCCAAUAUCAGCAUACAGACUGUUAGUUAAUACUAUGGAACUGGAGUAUUUAGCUAGAUCACAUUCAUUGGAAAUAAAUACAAUACCAGAAUGCUUAAAAUGUUCACUAAUCAGUAUGUUAACAACUCGGGAAAAGUUAUUUCCGUACAAGUUAAAUGAAGAAGAAAGUAUACACUUGAAAUGUCUUCAAAAACAACUCAACUAUAUCAUAAAUGAAAUGGUAGACACAGGGAAAGUAAUUCAUCCAGCUGAAUUACCAUAUCAUGAUUAUACCUGUUUAGAAAAGGAAGAAAAUAUAUGCGAGACUUCAACUCCAAUAGCUAAAUACGACUAUAACAAAGAACAACUGAUCAACGCGCCAUCUUUAUCACCAUCACAAUUGAAUAUUUUGAAAACUUGUGAAACAGCACAAUGUUCAAGUGUUGAAAAUCCACUAGUCAACACUACAACAGAAUUUAUCAACACUAGUGAAGAGUGUAAAGAAAUGAAUGUAGCCAUUGAAAAAUUUGUUAAUCUAUCCGACAGCUUUCGUGUUUUCCGCACCCUUACUUCUAAAUCCUCUGACGAUGCCAUAGUAGAAUCUAAUCAAAUUAAUAAUCUUGCUACUUUUAUCAGUGAAGUACGCUUAGAUGAAGAGUUGGUGAACAAUUUGACUCCUGAUGAAAUACAAGAAAUGGAUGAUGUAUAUUAUAAGCUUUUAGAAUACAAAGUGGAAAAUAAAGCCUACAGCCUAUCAGAUGUGUUUAACCCAUCUAACCUAAUUCAACAGAAUGCUUUACACAAAAUCACAUCACAUAUUUCAGCACUGGAAACAAAAGCCCAACAAUUAUUAAAUGCUAAAGUUGAAAAGGUUAACCAUCUAAUAUCUGUAAUGUCAAAUUCACAGAAUGAAGCAGAAAACUGUGGUCAGGGAAAAGUCAAAGAUGAGCUUUAUUCAUCACCUGAAAUACUUGAACAAGAUAUUGAUAUUGAAACAGCAAUUUUGUUAAAAUCAACAAUACAGUCAUAUUUGGAGUUGAAACAGCUGCCUACCAUACAAACUAUUCCAUUAGUUUCAUUGAUAGAAAAUAUCAGCUCACAGGUAGAAAUGUUGCAUACUGAGCAGUGUCCCACGCAACGUCCACUGAUCAAGUUAUCUUCUAGUGAUCUGAAUCAAUUAUCUACAGUUUUCGAGGCCUCUAAGCAUCAAAAAUUACCAGAAACCAUGGUUUUAUGUACAAAAGUAUUGAAUUUUAAAAUUCUUUUUGAUAUUAUUUCAUAUGAUAUUCCUAUAUGUGAGAUAGAAUCUCGUUUUGUCUAUUGUGCCUUCAGGGAUUUAUUGUCUUCAUCAGGUUUUCAAAAUCAAGUGAAUCAGGUUAUGCCUAAUGAAUUACUUAAUAAUUUAGAACAACGUUUAAGGAAUUAUUGUCAUUUAACCAAAAUUCAACAGCAACAACAACCAUUUGUUUUUUCCACUGCUGAAAUUCAUUCGUGUAAAUCCCUACUUUCAUACUAUGAAUCUGAAAUAAAAUUGGAAAUUUUACAAAAACUCACUCAUAUUUCAAAAUUACUGAUGAUUAAUCAGUCAGGUGAACAGCUUACUCAAAACUCAGAAAUAACUGCCUGUAAAGAUAUCUACUAUCUAGUUUUGAUGUGUUUACCAAACUUAUCACUGAAUUGUGUCAAGUAUCUACGAUCUAUGAUUGACUUAUUAGUGACACAUAGUUUUAUUCACAAUGCCAAAAAUUAUGCAUAUUGUUUAAAAAAUCUCUUUUCAUCUUAUAACAUUCUAAUCAUGUUUAAAGGUGCUAAUUCACUACAGGAAUUACUUGAGAUCAAUGCGCCUAUGUCAGUCAGUGAAGAACCAUCGUCAUCAUCGACAACAUCUUUUUCAUACUUAAAUACACACUACAUACUCUUCUUUACUAAUCUUUUGGAGAAUUUUAUAGAUAUAAAGAAACUAGAGCAAAGUUUAUCAACCAGUGACAUUCUACUUUUAGUGUAUCUUUUACAAAUACUUCAGUCUGCAAUAAUUCAUGAGAAGAAAUUAAAAGCUCAUUUAAAACAUUUAAUUACUAGACUAUUGUUUAAUUUCAUUACAAAUCAAAGUACUUUUAUCGACGAAUACAACAAACACCUAAUUGAUGAUUUAUGUAAACAUGUAAAAUGGAUAUCAGGCAUACAAAGAGUUAAACUGUUCACUGAAGGCCUUAAUUCAUUACAUACAAUUACAGCUGAUAAUAAUGAUUUUAAUACAAAAAAUCAUUGUCAACAGGUGUCAAGAUGUCUUCAAUUAAUUUUAUUUAAUCCAUUGCAAGGAUUUAUCAAUCCUUUAAAAGCUAAACAAAUAGCUUGUAUUAUGGAUAAUUUCAAUCAAUCAACGUGUAAUCCACUCAGAUACCCGUUCAUUUUUCAACUGAUUGAACAAACUUUAAGUAAUCUUUGUAAUGAUGAAAAUUUACAAUCAACUAACAGUCCAUCUACAUAUAUUCCAUAUAUUUUCCAAUGUAUACUAAUGAUGGAAAGUUAUUUCAAUAAAAAGUUGAAUGAACCGUCUUCAUUUCAAAUGAUAAACAGAGAAGAUGCUGCAGUUAUGUGUGUAUCACUUGCCUAUCUUGUAAAUAGAAAUAUUGAAGUAAUAAAUAAUCUUAUUGAUAAUGAUACAGAAGACAGUGCUUUCAACAUAUCCGCUUCUAAUUCAUGGAUAAAAUUAUUACUCUUAAGAAUGUGGUAUACAUUUGUAGCCUGUAGUCAGUCACAUCAACACUACCAGCAUGCAUAUCGCCAUUCACCUUAUGCCUUAGAAUUAUUAAAAUUAGAACAAAAUGAAAUAAAAUCGUUGACUGACUACUGGAAACCUCGUCUAGAAUUGUAUUCACAAAUAAAACGUACAGUUAGUAUACGUGAGCUUUCAAUAAGUACAGAGUGUGAUUUAACCGCUGAAAUGACAAAUCAACAAUUACGCAAUGCAAUCUGCUUAUCCUUAUUAAAUAAACAAAUGAAUGGACCAAGAAAUGCAUGGAUAUGUAUAAACUUUUUAAAAGAAUUACAAAGCGAAUGUGAACAAGAGUUCAUCAGUAUUUCGAAUUUUGAAAAGGAAGCCUUACGUUUAGCCCUGUGCUCUGCUAAUAUUAAACCGAGUGAAACAAUGGCAAACACUGAUAUUAUUGCCUCAGUUGUGUGUUUAAAUUCUCUUUUAUCUAGAAUGUCAUUCACAACAAUAUCAUCGUCAACAUCUUUCGAACUUCCUGAAUUAUUUCUUAUUCAACCAACUGAUGCAGCUCCAUUCGCUUCAAGUAUACAAAAUAUUCUUCACUAUAUAUAUCCAGAUGUUCAUAAACCAUACUCUUUUUAUUUACUAAACGAAAUUGAAUGUCAUCUAUGGAUAUCAUCUGCAAAUAUGGAGAAAUUAUGGAUUUCGAAGUUCGAAUUUCGUCUAAUAAAUGAAUUAAAACAAAAAGCCUCAGAGUAUCUAAUGAAAAGUAUUCGACAUGAAUUAAUCGAUAUAUUAAAUGAAUGCGAUGAACGAAAUCUAAUUAAACCAAAUCUAACAUGUAUCUCUAUUGAAACGGCAAAACGAAAAAAUCUUGCACAGUUGCUAAGAACUUUUAUGCUAUUAAAUCAUUAUCCCUUAAGCCAAACUAUAAAUAUACUCCAUCACCUUCAACUUCUUCAUGAUAUGUCUAAUCCAUAUAUUUCUGUACAAACUAUUUCUUAUUUGAGAAGUUUAAUUAGUUCUAGUAUGCCUAAUGAAAACCCUCUAUUACAAUAUAAUCAGUAUGAUUCCUUACUAGAUAACACAACAUUCAGGACAACUUGUACAUCACACACAUUAGACAGUUGUUUAAUUAACUGCCUUUUUGCAAAAGAUCAGUUUCGUGAAAAUCUUUCACAAGAUAUUAUAACAAUUAUACAAACAUCAUUAGUUUACAGUUGUACUUGUGAAGAAAUAAUCAAUUCAUGGAGUAUGCUACCAAAGCAUAGUUAUCAGCGAUUGAAUUCAUGCAUCUAUGAAUUGUUUCGCUUAAAUCUCAAUAUGUUUGCAAACCAUUUGUUGAAAGUUAUUACAAAUGAUGACGAAUUUUCAGAGACUAAUGUUAAUAUUAGUAGAUCAAUUCCACUGAUAUUGUGUUUUUUAAAAUAUGUAUUAUUAGAAGAUACUGAUGAAAAACACGACAAAUGUAUUGAGUUACAGAAAAGUGUUAUUAAGAAUAAUAUUUCUGUAAAAUUAACCUCUUCAGAAAAUAUUUAUACAUUAAAUGAAAGAUUGAAACAACUACUUGAUGCACCGUUAAGUCAAUUAAGUGUAUUUGAUUUAAUACAAAUGAUUAUAGAUUCAGAACAAUUUCAGCACAAGCUGAUGUUCUCGAAAUUAUUUCAUGAAGAUUUAGAAUAUAUACCACAUUUACAAUAUUAUCUAUGCAAUAAAUUAAUCAGUGAACUUUGUAAGUAUUCAAGACUGUCGGAUAAAGAGUAUACGCCUCAGGUACAACAACAGCGACAACAAUUAAGUAUAACAUAUGAAGAGACCGCUAAAAAAUUGAGAGAAAAUAUAAACAAAAUUUAUAUGAACUUAUCAAUAGAUGGUGGUAGUAAUAGUAGUAGUAAUGGUAAUAAAACACAAAUGUGUCCACUAAGAAUUGAUCGUAUGAAGUCUGCCUGUCAGUAUGUUCAUGAUGAUGAUGCUGAUGAUGUUGCUGUUGAAAUCAAAUCUGAUACACCAUCAGAUACUUUGAUUAAUUUUACAAGUUGUGAAACUGUUCUAUAUCCAGUUGAAGAUGUAAGACCUGAAAUAAAUCGAUUAAAUCAUUUACUAGCUAUUAACACAUUACAACCGGAUGAAAUGUCUGCAAUUCUAUCGUCUAUAGUUGUUCUUCGUGAUGCAUCAAUGCGUUUACCAUCAAGCUUAAAAGAUUAUACACAUUUUUCAACGAAAGAAGAAGAUGCCUUGAAAAAAUUACAAAGUUUAAUUGAUAAAAAAAUGAUUCUUAAAUUGGAUAAACAAUUGAAAACCACGCUGUGGAUGUUAAGUCAACGUUUGGGACUUUUAGCUAUACAAGCCAAUAAAGAUUUGCUACGUACUGGUUUAGAAAUAUGGUUAACUGCCUCAUUGGAAAAUGAAUUCAUCUUUAGUAAACAGCAAAUUCAACAGAUUUACUAUGCUUUAUGUUUAGCAGAUAAUAUAAAUAAUGAAGAUUAUUCACUACAAACAGAUUUUUCUAAUACUUUCGAUUUAGUCCAGAAAGUUAUUGUACAAUUGAAUUCAAUUGUCAAUGCUAAAGUUGGCGCUGAAAUUGAAGGUCCACAUAGUCUAGGUCCAAUAGUAACUUUAUUUUUAGAACAUGCACAACAACUAUUGGAACAAGUAACAUUUUCUGAAUUCUUAUCAAAUGCUCAUAUGAUAUCAACUAAUGGAAUACCAAGCAGUUUAUUUGUCAAACAAAAAACUACAGCUGAAAAUUUAUGGAAAAUGAUAACUUGUCAGUCACCUGAAUUUGUUGAAGACACGUUGAAGUAUUCUACUCAAUCUCAAAAAUCUCAUUCUCCAGAAUCCGAAUGUCAUAAUGAACAACCUUCAGUACAAACAAACAAGAAACGAUGUCGAACACUACAAAAACACCCUGAAGUUGACGAGUAUGAUCCACAUCAAAUUAGACAGUCGUACUCUCGAAGUCUAAGUUACGGCAAAAGUGAAAAUUUCCAGCUGAAUAGUCCAGCUUCGUGUGAUGGUUCACUGUCUUUAUUAGCUCUAUAUAACGAUGAAAAAAGACGUCUGGCUGACUGGGAAGAAACGACUGAAACACGUUUAAGAAAAGCAUGUGAAAGAGUAGAAAAGCUAUUAGAAACACUUCCUGAAAAAACACAUCCUCAACAAGAAAAUGAUCAUAUAAUUACACAACUCCGUGGAGAAGUAGUACAACUAAAAGGACAACUGAACUCAGUGAUUAACCAAAAAACAUUUAGAGAAGAUUCAUGGUACACACAACAGAAUAAAAAUAAUUCAUCUCAUGUUUAUAAAGAACAGUGUAAAUCCUUACGAGAAAGUCCACAAUUAUUUACUCAAGAAAGACAAUUCACCUUUCGGGACAAUUUCGGGUUUGACAGUAUUCAAAAGUCAGAACGUUAUGCUAGUACAAUGUAUACACCAUUGAGUGAUCGUCUCGCUUCUAGUACAUCUUCUUUAAAAAAUCUACCAUCUUUUAGAAAACGCUAUAUAAAUGAAAAUUAUUCAGUUUCAUGUAAACCUGUUACACCAGAUCAUACUAUUACUUCACCACCAUCGAGUGGUGAAAAAAGGAUUUUACAAAGUUCCUUUGAUCGAUUACAAGAAUUAAUUGAAAUUCGUCGUGCUGUUGUAGCUGGAUCUCGAGAAGAAUUAAGCAAGCUAGGAAUUCAUUCUAAUCUGCCAAAAACUUUUCCUAAACCAGUUAAAUUAAUUCGUUCAAAUAAUAAAUCUGUUAUUUUACCUGAUAGUCGAAUAAACACUACGCAUAAUUAUGACAGAUGGUUUUCAAAUAAUCAAAGAAAUAUAGACCGACAGAAAAAUUAUACUAAUCAUCUCUGUAGAUCAGAAGAUGAAUAUAGUAGAAGCAAUCAAGUUAUAGAAGAUUUGGAAGAUAAACUGGAACAGUUAGAAGAACAAAUUCUGCCUCAUAGGAUCAAUGAUCCGCUUGUACAUUAAUUCAUUCAAAACAGUUUAUCGACAUUCAGCAGUCUGGACUCUGUUUCGCCUGUCUCAGUCUUUCUUCCAAAUAACAACAGCAACAACUAAGAAAAUACAAUGAUACCAUUGUCGAAACCACUUCUCAAUAAUAGAUAAUGAACUUUUUCAAAACAGUUUACAGAAGGAAAAAUUUACAAAAUUGUUUUUCCAACUGAUACUAGUUGUAUCAUUAUUUUUUACCAAAUAAUCAUCAGUGUUACAAUAAUUAUGUCAAAAUAAAUUUUACACAACUGGCCGAUUUGCUCAUUAACGCUUAGGAUUGAAAUACUGUUUUGCUCACUAUUGAAAUGAUUUCUUCCUACCCUUCUUCCUUUUUCUUCAAAAUUAAAAUGUGAUGAUCUGUCUAAUUUAUUACUUAAUUACUUUUUUUUGGUUUCUAUUUUAUGUGAUUUUUGUUUUGUUAUGUGGAAAAGAUUAAUAACAAUAAUGGGAAACAACUAAAUAUUAUUGCAGACGUAACUGAAAGUGAUGUAAUUAUCCAUUCAUUGUACACUGUAUACCAAUUCAGUAUUUUAUAAGUCAGACAGACAACUUAUUUUUCCAACGAUUUUCUAUGCGUG